CCCCGGGAGGGCGUGGCCAGCGGGGACGUGGCGGGGCAGCCCCACUGCGCGGACCCGGAGACUGAGGUUCCCGGCGAGGCGACCGCUGUUUUAGGGCGGUGGCGGGUCAGGGGUCCACCCGGUGGCCCCAGGCCGGUGGGUCCAGCGCCCCAGCCCGUCCAGCUCCUCUAACAAAAAGACCGGCGAGACGCGGCGCACCGACUCCCCGCCGGCUCCGCGGUCGGGGCCUCGCACCCCUCCCCAGGCUCGCGGCGGGGGCGGGAGCCCUGCUCCUCCCGCUCCGGAGCCCCUCUCCGCGCCCCGGUGCCGGGCGGACGCAAGGCUCGGCCGGGGCAGACCUCAGUGCCCUAGGAACCACAUAGUCCGUGUGGCCAGACAAGCCAGGCCCCUGCCCUCUUGCUGUGAGCUCUGCUCAGUUCUUAUGGGAGCCAUGAAGCUGAACGAGAGGAGUGUAGCCCACUAUGCACUGAGCGACUCCCCAGCAGACCAUACGGGCUUUCUGCGCACUUGGGGCGGGGCAGGGACUCCCCCCACUCCCAGUGGCACUGGCCGAAGAUGCUGGUUUGUUCUCAAAGGCAACCUGCUGUUCUCCUUUGAGAGCCGAGAGAGCAGGGCCCCGCUGAGCCUGGUGGUGCUGGAGGGCUGCACGGUGGAGCUGGCCGAGGCUCCAAUGUCUGAGGAGUUUGCCUUCGCCAUCCGUUUCGACGCCCCUGGUGUGCGCCCACACCUGCUUGCGGCAGAUGGGCCCGCGGCCCAGGAGGCCUGGGUGAAGGCACUGUCCAGGGCGAGCUUUGGCUACAUGCGCCUGGUGGUGCGCGAGCUGGAGAGCCAGUUGCGAGAUGCCCGCCACAGUCUGGCCUUGCAUCGCCACUCAUCCUGGAAGGCCAUUACCAGCCGCUAUAAGCCCCAGGCUCCUGACCAUCGGCCUCCGGGCCUGGAAAACGGCCACUCCCUCUCCAAGGAUUGCAGCCCUGUGGACUUGGGUGAAGAAAGUGGCAGCAGGCCAGCAGGGCAGGGCUUGGCCGAGUUGCAGGGCCCUGCCGGCCUCUUCCUGGGCAGGAGGCAGAGCCCCCUGUUCCCUGAGACCUUCUACUUCUCUGCCUUGCACAAUUGGUAUGGCCAGGAGAUCUCGGAGCUGAGGCAGAGGUGGAUGCAGAGGGCCCGGGGGAGCCGGCCAGAACGUGAGAAACAAGAUGGGCACUGAGCCUCGGCUCUUUGGGUUCUGCCCUUGUCCUGCUGGUCAGGACACCAGAGCCAGUGCUUCUCCAGGAAUUUAAUGUUUAUUUGUUUUAAAGUUGCUUUUUUUGAGAGGGUUCUCUCCUUCCUGCUUUUUAGGCCUCCUCCAGGCUCCAGAUCCACCUUUGUGCCUGGAGGGGGACCAAGGAAUCGUUACUUGCAACCCCUUUGUUUCCUGAGGCCCAGAGAGGAGGGGAUGCUUGCUCAGCAACCACAGGGCCAGACCCAAGUCUCCUGACUCUGUGCUGGACUGCUCCGCUCUCAGGGAAUAUUAAUGAAAUGGAGGAAGUGGGGACUAUUGCAUGGCCUCAGGCUGCCCUGCCUGUUUACCUACACAACAGACUCUACAACCACAACUUCCAACAACAGACUCUACAACCACAACUUCUAACACAGGGAGUUGUGUGUACAUUUAAAUACCAGAAGCUGGCUGAAAUGUUGGCUCAAGGGACUGACACCGUCAGAGAAAGUGGAUUUAUUGUCCUGGGGGUUUCUGGGGCCCAGCUCUUCCUGAGCGGUGGGAAGAUUGGGCAUAGGAACUGCAGUUUGGGUGGGGCCCUUUGGAGGGGCAGGGCCUUCAGCCAACGAAGAGGGAUUGAUUCUUCUCAGCAAGUGUUGGGGCCCCCAUCUUCUCUCCCUGGCUGCCUUGUCUAUAGAUGGUGCUGGUCAUUGUCCCAAGAGGGGCUGGGAGCUUUUUAUGUCAGCAGAAAUCCUUCCUGUAUUCUGUCCUUAGCAGCCAGCUCCUGGAGCUGCCAAGUGGGAAGCCAAAGAAGCGAGGAGGCAAUGUGGCUCCCUGGGGAAGCCAGGUUGUUAUUUUGGUUUUCAGUCGAGGGCAUUCUGGGAGUUUGAACACCAGGAUAAAUUCUUCUAACUGCUCCCAGAGAGCUGUUCCCAACCCUGAACCCCUCCUAGGAACUCAUUCACCAUCCUGCUUGUCAGCCAGCGCGUAUCUGCCAAGACCCUCUCACUGCUACUCUCAGCAGCAUGGCGCCAAGUGUUUUAUCGAUUAUUUUGGGAGGCAAAGUGGCUGCGUCUAGAGAGCCAGCAGCCAGACUAGCCUGAGCCCUAGAGGUGAGGCAGCAGUGGCUGGAUGGAAGAUGCAGAACCUGGUCAAGACAUCCCCCCCUCUCCAUACGCACAGUCUGCCCCUUCUUAGACUCUCAAUCCCUUAUUAGGGCCUUGGGUAGCCUGACCAGGGCCAACGAGGUCCAGAGGCUGUGACCGACAGCCUCUUAAGUCCAGCACGCCCAAGGCCACCAGAGUCCAGAACCGGUUCCUGCCAGGCUUGUGUCCUAAGAAGAGGGGCUACCUUCCGAACCCUGUACAGGAGUCCCACAGCCCACUGCGCCUUGUUUUCUACACAGACACUAUAGGCUUUUAUCUUUCUUAUGGUUACAGUAUUUUUAUAUGAUUAAAACAUUAGGUUUUUAUUACUCAUUUUGGUUCCUCAAAGUUUAUUUUAACAACCACUUGACCAAUUUGUGCAAAAGCCCCAUUUCUCCCCUUCAGUUAUGGUUUACAUUUGCCUAUAGAGAACGUAUACCUUGGCAAGAAAUAAAAUUCCCAAAUCACCCAAGUAGUACAACUAAUACAUUUAUAUUUUUUAAAUAUUAAAAAGAGAAAUACAA